ACGUGAGCAAGUUAUCCGAAAGAUUUUAGUCCGUUAUUGCAUUUUGGAUGAUGACCCAGCGUAUAGUGAAAAAGAAACAUUCUUAUUGGAUAAUCUUGCCGUCCCUGUCGUAUGGAUACAUGAAGCUAAGGUAUGCCUUUGAAAAUCUCCCGGGUGCAGAAGCAUAUUCUUCAAAAACUUGGGUGCAAAAGCGUAUUCUUCAUUUGGUGGCAUUAUGGUGUGCAUUAUGACAAUUCUCUCGCAGAACUAUAUCUAUUCUAGAAUUUCUAGUAUAUAGAAAGUUGGAUUAAUUUGGUUUAGUUGAGUUGGGUUUAUUUGAGUUCAGUUUGUAUAACCUAUUACACGAAAGUUGCAGUUUGAAGGACUUUCUAUAUAAUAAGUCAAAUCUGCAGGCGUUAAAAAUAAUGACGGAGAAGACUUCAAUAGCAUUGGCUAAUAUAUUCAUGAAACAUCUGAUUUGAGAUAGAUUUAGAUCAUCAUUCUGCAUAUUCAUGUUUCAGGUAAUUCGUGCAAGAAUGGAAAAUCGACCUAAAGACGAGGCAUAUCAUCUUCUUAAGUCUGGUCAUUUUAAUCUCAGUCAUGAAGUCAUUUUAAACCGUCUCGCGUCGUCAGCUAUAAUCAACGGUAAUUGAAAGCUUUAGUUUUAAACGUAUUCCAUGUUUGAAUUAUUGAAUGAGACGAAGAUUGGAUAGUUCGAUACAUUUGUAGUGAUUGCUGAACAGUGCAUGUUAAUGCAUAUAAAGCUUUAGGCCAAAUUCUACCAUAAAUUUAAAUCCAAUCCCAAUGCUUAUACCCUAAUGAAAUUUCAUCAAAAUUCUUGGGUUGUCAACUUGCAGGAUAAUAUUCACAACAAACAUAAUUAUUACUCCUGCUAUAUAGUUCUUUGAAUAACUCUAUUUAUACUAUUUGAAACACAAGCAGGAAUGUUUUAUCAGGUUUGAGACGCAAGGCGACAGCCGAGUGUUUUAAUACGUCGCAAAAUCGUUAUCUGGAAAUGGUUCUGGAUUUAAUUAUUAUUGUGUGUAGAAAAUAAAGCAUGAAGUCCGCCAUAAUCGUCGAAUAACUGAGUAGUUAUUCUAUUUAAAUUACUAUCUAACAUUGUGUAAUAUUACAUUGUGUUUAGAGGAGUACGAGUCGAUCAAAGAAUUACUGGUGGAGAUAGCUCCACGUGAAAAUUCUUCCCAAGUUAACCAUUGGAAUACUGGAGGUCAAAUUUAUCUUGAUUACAUCAAGUUAUGGGAGAAAUUUAAUGACAUCAAG